AUGCCGGACAAUACGGAAGGACCAAAAUUUUCGAACAACACCAUUCAUCCUCUUGCCAUUAGGAAUAAGAAGACACCUCAAUCGGGCGUGAUUGUAUCCUAUGAUGAUAUUAAGGCUCAAACUCUCGACACAAAACUCCCAAAACCCAAAGAAGAGGUCGGCUUACCUCAAGAAAUCAUCCGCAUCAUUUGCUCCUACGUAGACGCAGACGAACUACCCAACCUCAGACUUGUCUCGAUCGGCUUCAGCAAUGCAGCAGCAGUUCGCAUGUAUAGAACCAUGGAUUUUACUUUUACGGCAUCAUCACUUAAACGUCUCUUGAAUGUUGCACACAGUACCAGGCUUCAACACCAUGUUUUCAAGCUCAGAUAUAACGCUAAAUGGAUGAGCACUUGGCCAAUAAGUUGGGAGCCAGAAUGUCUUGAAUACCACUUCUCUCAUCAACGUGAACUAGAGGAAGUUUUGAUAAAACUAGUGAAUCUCAGCACUAUCGAGUUUCGUCCUCGUCACCAAGAUCCACAACAUACAUUGGAGAAUCGCCUCGUUACGCAUCGAAGAAUAUUUGAUCCAUUUUGGAAGUUUUUGACUUCGUCACUUCGUCACGUAUCGCGUUUAAGAUCGAUCAUAGCAUCCAAUUCGUUCCCAUACGAAGGCGAAAGUCUCGAAGAGUUCUCUACCGAGGAGAUCGGGGCACUUGGGCGUUUAGAGAAUUUAACUCUUAGGGUUCAUACUCACUUCGGCCGCCGACUUCCCAAUCUCCUAUAUUACAUGUCGAAUCUCAAGUCACUUGAACUAAGAGAGCUGGUUGAUUUGGGUGAAAGAGAUUUCUCUGAAUUGGUCAAUCCAAACUUUAUUACACAUGCUAAAGGCUCAUCAUUUCCUUUACCUCAUCCAGAUGAAGACCUUAGAAACGUCGACUUGAGACUAUAUGGUGGCACUCGUGGCUUAUUUUUGGUUAAUAUCCUUAGAAGGAAUGGAAGUAUUAGGCUAUUACGAAGAAAAUUACACAAACCAUCGGUGUAUAACGGCUACUUGGACUGGGAGCAACCGGGGUUCGCAGGCUUGGCCAUUCAGGAUGACACUGAAUCUGAUGCCUCCCAAUAUGACCCAGAUGAAGUCGUAGUGGAAGUACAAAACAUCGCAGAACAAGCAAAAGCGUUUGCGCGGGCAAAGGCCUACUUUCUAGCGAACCAGGAUUCAUGGAACGAUGAGGAGAAAGUUACAAUGGCUUUCUUGGUGGAUGCAGAUCCAAUGAGCUUUGAAGUGGAAGUUCCUGCUCCUUUCAAUUCACCGAGGAAUUUGAACCUAAUUUAA